AAGCAAAAAGAAGCAGAAAAGCAAGAAAGAAAGAAGCAUCUCAAUUUCCAUUUCAAUUCAAUUAUCAUUAUCCUCAAAAGCAAGAAAGAAGCAAGCAUGAGUUCUACAACCAGAGCUUGGACUGUAGCAGCAAGCAUUGGGGCAGUGGAAGCACUGAAGGAUCAAGGGUUCUGCAGAUGGAACUAUGCUCUGAGGUCCCUUCAACAGCAUGCCAAGAACAACAUCAGAUCUUAUUCUCAAGCCAAGAAGCUCUCUACCAAUUCUUAUUCUGCUGUUUCUGAGAAGAUGAGAAAUGAGAGGUUGAAGAAAUCAGAGGAAUCACUCAGAACAGUCAUGUACUUGAGCUGUUGGGGUCCUAACUAGAUUUAAGCCCCCAUCUAUUUUUUGUAAUUAUGGACUUGU